AUGUCCGGAGUUCCACGUUGCCUGUGCGGCGAAGCCCUACCAGCUUUCCUCGAGGAGCUCACUAGCCUACGAGUAAGAUGGCCAGACAAGAGAAUCCUCGCAGCCAAGGCUGAUGUCACCUCUGCGUUCAGAAAUGUGAGGAUAUCACCAGAUCAUGCACACAACUUUUGCAACGUGAUAGGAGACGUACUAAUAGCGGAUCUACCGCUGACCUUUGGCGGAGCAGCGUCACCAGGAUUGUGGGGUGUGUUAGCCUCCGCUGCAGAGCACUCGCACCGCAACACGUCCCUCGCGACCGCUCGACUACUAUCAGAAGGAAUCGCAAUGAUGUCCCACGUGAAAAUAAAACCUCCUUGGGAAAAAGGCACCCCAACCCCAAUACCAUCGUCAGCAGGCGUAAGACUGCAUAGAGGCGGGGGACCCGCGGACGAUUUCUUGGCCAGGGUCUACACUGACGAUUUCUUGCUCACGAAGACGUUUGGCAAGGGAGAACUCGGAGAAACCCCCAUUCUCGCCCCGAAGAAGAGCACUGACUGGGACACGGUCAUAGAGGCCCUGGGGUACAUGAUAGACACGCAUGCUGGCAGAAUUGCAACUGCACCGGAAAGGGUAAGCGCGAUUCGGAACAUACUAGAGACAGAUUGGCCCCACGAUAGGAAGAAGGCCAGUGUUCGAGAAGUCCUCAGCAUUGCAGGAAAACUGUGGAACCUCACUUAUAUUAUCAGGGCCGGUGGGUACUUCGUGUGGUAACUGCUCCGCCUAUCGGGUCUGCAUACGCAGGCCAGUCGACACACACGGUCACGACGACUAGUGGACUUGGGUAGAGAGUUCCACGGCGAUAUCGCCUUCUGGAAGUGGGCCCUCAAUCAGCCACUGGCACUUCGAGGGGAGUCCCCCAGCGCAUCGUUCCUACUACACGUAAAACGAGCACCAUCACGCCGUUACCUCUCAGACGCUAGCUUCACAGCGAUUGGCGGCUACUGUCCCGAACUAAAGAUUUCUGGAGAUACACGAUCGACUCAUCGUUGUCUGCGGAGCUCAAGCGCAAGGCGCAAGAGAAGGAGACGUCGGACAUUACGAUCAAUCUGUUAGAACUCGCGGGCAUGUUCAUGACGGCGUGGGUAGUCCAAAUGAUCUUGAAAG